CCAGACGUACGUGGUAGGACAUAACACUCACCCUAUAAGGGAUCAGUUUCGCGACUAUUUUCUCCGUCGCGCGAAAGUACAAAAGAAAACUUUCUAAGUACAAAGUCAUCUAAAAAAACACACACACACACAGACAAACAAAAGAAAAAAUAUUUAAAAAGUGUCAAGCGGUACGUGAAUUUCAAACUUUUUAUUUAGUCAAACGGAAAAAAACAGUGUGAAAUAUUAAUAGUUUCUAAAAUAUUUAACUGUUUAAAACGUACAAAAAAAAAUUUAAACUUUUCGAUCUAAAAAAUCAAUUUUCAUCGAACAAAUGCAAAAACUAUUAAUAUGGCAAUUUAUUUGAAUAUUUAAAAAUUGUCGCGUUUGUAUAUUAAAAAAAUUUAACGGGGAAAUUUAAAUAUAAACUUUUGACAAGUAUAUUGUGAAGUUUAUCACUAUCGGCAAAUGAAGAAGUGAAUGUUAAAGUGAAUGAGGCCCAAAAGUUACUUGCACAAUAUUAAAUUCAAAUUCCGUUGAAAAUUCUUACGUUUAAUCACGAAGAAGAAAAUUUGAGUGAAAAUUUUUAUUGGAAUACCUAAACAAUUUUUAAGUUUUCUAUUUCAAUUUUCGAUUUAUUUAAGAAAUUUUCUUGACAUUCUAUAAAAUUUUCAAAGAGUUUUUGUUAAAUAAAAAUUAAGAGUGACUUUUUCAAUCAUCAAGUCUUAAAAUAACAAAAAUGGCUUCCGCAAUCAUAUCUAUGAGGCUUUUCCUACCAAUUCUUCUUGCCGCUCUUAUGCUCUGCAUAGGAACCGUGCAAGGGCUGAUGUGUUAUCAGUGCGGUCAGUAUAAUGAUGGAGUAGGAAGCAUUACACCCUGCAUCAAUUACACAGCUCACAUGCACUUAAAGGACUGCCCGCCUUUGUCUAAGUGGUGUAUUAAAUAUGUUAGCGAGGGGUCCAUGGUUCGAGAUUGCGUGCCAUCGUGUUCUGAAAAGGAGGUAUGGGGCACGAGGACGUAUUGCUGUCAGAAUGAUGGAUGUAACUCUGGACCAUCUUUGGUGUCGUUUUCAUUCUCUUUCUGGAUAUUACCAGUGGCCCUCAUUCUUUUAGGCAGCAGUCUUCGUGGUUAAUUUAAAUGAAUAUCUAUUUCCUAUAUAUAAUAUAUAUAUAUAAAUAAAUAUAUAAUAUAAGGAACAUGCAUGCGACGAUCAUCGACAUCAUCGUUUGCAUAAAUAAAUAUUCUCUUUUGCAACAUAAAUAAGACACAAACAAAAGGUCUGCCUUUUUCUAUAUGGUGAUCACCAUAAAUUCCUAAUAAGCGCAGAGAAUCGUUCACAAAAAAAUAAAUAAAUAAAAUCCAAUGACUUUUCGACUGUACGCGCAAUUUCUUUAAUCUCUCUUACACUGAAAAAAUUUAUUUGAUUUAAAUAGUCAAUUAAUUCACUAUUAUCAUGUAAAUAAAUAUUUACUUGAACCAAAUAAUUUUUAUUUGUAUUUAAUAAUAAAUGUAUUUGAACCAAUAAAAUAAAUAUAUUUAUUUGAUAAAUAGUCAAGUAACCGAUUAUUUCAGUCAAAUAAAUUUUUUUUUCAGUGUACAUAUAUUAGGUAUAAUAUUUCUAUAUCCUCUUUUUGCAUAUGAGAGAAAAACAGUGUGCUUUAAAUACAAUUAUUAUUAUAUAUAUAUAUAGUUGUUAUAUAUAUACCUAUAAUGAACCGUUUAAUAAAUUUGUCGAAAUUUAAUCUUUCAAUUAGCAUUGUUUGAGGUUUUCGUCAAUAUUUCGCGCUCAAGACACACUGUUUAUUAUUUUUUUUCUAUAGAAAUGCAAAAAAAAAAGAGGAAAACAGAAAAAAUAUCGCUGUCGGUGCUUUUUUAUAAUAGGUAGCGCUAAUUUUUAGUGCUAAAUUUAGAAUAGUUUUACGAAACAGAUGUGAAGCGAAAUUUAAAGAGGUUUAAAAAAAUAUUUAUUUUUUAAAUUUUGAUAUUAUCUCAAUUUUAUCAGAAUUAAUUUGAAAUUCGAUUAUGUUUUAAUUUGAAAAUCUUUUUGUAGUUGAAUGAAGUAAAAAUUCUUAUAAAGAAGUUAAAAAUUCUUCAAUAUUUUUUCUUUAUGAAUCAACAUAAAUUUUACAUUAAUUUAUGUAUUUUUUAUAUUCUGACGUACAUUUAAAUUGUGAUUCUAUAAAAAGUAAAACCAUAAUUAAUAAUUGUAUAGAGAAUGAAACGAUUUUAAAUGUUUUAAUUCAAAUGACCUAAUUUUUAAUUGGCACAAAUAUAUUUAUUUUUUAUUUUAUUACAUAUUUAAUUUUUUAUUUUCUGGCGUACAUUUUAAUUUUGAUUCUCUAAAAAUACAAUUAACAACAGUUGUAUAAAAAAUGAAAUAGUUUUAAAAGUUUAAAUUCAAAACAACCUCUUUAAAUUUUGCACGCAGUAUACAUUUUUCAUAUCUAAAUAAUGAUUGCAAGAAAAUUAUUAUCAACAGUGUGUCUGGAAUAAAAAUCGUAUCAACAUCGAAUCUUAUAGUGAUAUCCGAACGACUUCUUUGUUCAUUUAUAAGAAUAAUGUAAGAAAUUAAAAAAACAA